AUGCAAAGAUUCUCAGUCCCAACUAGCCAGUUCAAGAUGGGGUCGGAAGAUAUCCACGAGAGGGAAAAGGAGAUAGUGGCUUCUGUCCGACCGCCUCAUCAGCGUCGACUGAGUCCGUUCGUCAUCGCUGGUCGUGCUGAAGAGAAACAGCUGGGGAUAUCAACUCGUCGGUUGAAUGUCAAUGACUUCGCACUGUUGAAGACACUGGGCACAGUGAAGUUAAACGACGAAAGGCAACGCAAGAACAGGGUCUACGCGCUGAAGAUACUCCGAAAGGCAGAUGUGAUCAAGCUGAAGCAAGUCGAGCAUGUCCGCAACGAACGGAAGACUCUCGCGGAUGUUUCCGGUCAUCCUUUCAUCACGACGUUGAUUGCCUCCUUCUCCGAUGACCAGAAUUUAUACAUGCUGUUGGACUAUUGCCCUGGAGGCGAGAUAUUUAGCUACCUACGACGUGCACGACGCUUUAACGAGAACACAUCCAAGUUCUACGCAGCCGAGAUAGCGUUAACUAUCGAGUUUCUUCAUGACGUGGAGGGGGUUGUUUAUCGAGAUCUCAAGCCGGAAAACAUCCUGCUUGACGCCGAGGGUCACAUCAAACUGGUUGACUUUGGGUUCGCAAAACAGGUUGGCGACCAUGAGACCUAUACGCUCUGUGGAACCCCCGAGUAUCUCGCCCCAGAAGUCAUUCAUAACAGCGGCCACGGCCUUGCUGUAGACUGGUGGGCUCUUGGUAUCCUAAUUUACGAGUUCCUUGUGGGACAGCCGCCAUUCUGGGACCAAAACCCGAUGCGCAUCUACGAGCAGAUCGUCGAGGGUCAUAUACGGUAUCCUCAGAACAUGUCGCCUGCAGCCCAGAACAUCAUAUCUUUGCUAUGCAAGACCAACCCAACUGAGCGUUUGGGUUACAUCUCCGGGGGUUCAGCUCGAGUCAAAACGCAUCCCUUUUUCGAAGACAUCAACUGGGAUGACCUGUUCUACCGCCGCAUCAAGGGACCCAUCAUCCCUCGAGUCGAUCAUCCCGCGGACACCGGAAAUUUCGAAGAAUAUCCCGAUCCAGAUGUGAAGAACCAGAGCCUUUACACCGAUGAUUUGAGAGACAAAUAUGAGGCACUCUUUGCUGAUUUCUGA